GCCAGAUAUAUAAGACUUCAGAAGAUUCUAGCCUCAAGACCAGCUGGAUCUGUUCUCAGAUAGAACCAGAAGAUAAGAAAGCCAUCUGACAGAGUCAGUCAUUGCCUCAGAAGAGGGGUUGGACAGGGCUACCUUUCGUGAUGGCAUUUUAUGGAAGAGAAAGGAUACCAAUUUGCCCGAAUCCAGAGGGAAAUACUAGAUUGUCAAGGAGGGAACAGAAGUUUUGGCAGGAGCAUCACAACGAAGGGAGCAGCAGCCAAGAGAUCCAAAGACAAAUGAGGCAGAUCAACUGGGGCAAAGAUAGAUGCAAACACAUCAAUACUAUCAUUCAUGACGAAUGUGACAACAUUAAGGAUAUCUGCACCAACCCCAACAGCAUCAACGUUCCUUGCAAGAAUGGCCAAGAGAACUGCUUUGAAGGUCCCAAAUUGUACUCUACCACUGUCUGUGUGGAGAGGGGGAGCACUGUGCCCCCUGACUGUCGCUACAACUGUCACAAGGAAGAACAAGUCAAAGUCACUGUGGCCUGUGAGAAUGGGAAACCUGUCCAUCUUGAUCGCACUCGACGUACCUUCCAUGAUGAGCUGUGAUUGCUUUGAAAAGCUCUCAUGAAAUAUGAUCCACCACUCCAGUGAGAUAAGCAAUAGCUGUCAUGUUAGCUAAGCUCCUUUUUUCCUCCUUUAACUGUCCCUUGAUAUAGCAUCCCUGGUGGCUGAAGUACAAAAGCCAGACUACACAGAAGUAGAAGUUGUUCUCUUCCCUCAAGCUAGCCUGCAGUGCCAGCCCAUGAUAGAUAGCAAGGUAGAGGCAGAGAAGCAAAGCCCAACGGAAUCAAUUCUGUGUCCUUGCUGAGUAUUCUUUCUGUGCUGUGGCUAAAUAAACUUUUGCUAACUGUUGAUCUCCA